AUGUCCUCUGAAAAUCUUGUCAACGUCUGUGUCAAUGAUGAUGAUCCGAUCCUCAUUAAGCUGCAAAACUUACAGAAAUAUGAUGAGCUUGAACUAGAUUGGGUAGAGGUUGUUAAAAAAAUUCACUUGAAUGUGGUUUAUUUUUCACAAAUGAUGGGCCAAGAUCUGCCGAGGGAAAAGCGUUUCAAUAUCCGAAGACUAAAUUGGCAAGACAAAUUGAUUUAG